AGUUGUCCAGUCGCCUCGCGUCUCCUUCACCACUUCACCGGACUAGAAGUUGUUCGUAGCACAAACGAAAACCAGCAUAUACAGUGGGUGGCACUUCCUCGCCUACCGUAAAAACUCCACUACUGACAGAGUGACUGCGUUUUACCUCUCUCUCUCUCUCGCCUGUGGGGAGCACACACGCGCACACGGACGCACGGCGCACCUAGCCACUGUAGUUACUGCUUCUCCUAUUUCUUUUCUUUCUUUCUCUCUUUUUGUGGAUCUUUCCGGUGUGCCUGACACGUUACUGUUGUUGUUGCUGUUGUUGGUUUUAUAAGUGUACGUUGCCCACCAUCGUAUUUUACUCGCCCCCCCCCCCCCGUUGGCUGGUUUAGGUGCCACUGCAUCGAUUGAUUCGUGUGUUCCACGUUCCCAUACGAUCGUGAAGCCGAUUCACGGGAAGCCGAAGUUCAACUCCCCCGAAACACACUUUCUUUUGUCCUCGUGUCUUUUUGUUCUUCUUCUCCUUACUCUUCUUCUUUAUUCAUCUUCUAUAUAUUUAGCUUCAUUGCUCGUCGCUUUGGGUGAUUUGCUUUUCCCUUUCCAUUACUGUGUGUUGUAUCUUGGGUAGCUUAUAGCCCCCUCGGCUCUACCACCUCGCUGCCUCAGCCUUCUUUUUUGUUGUUGUUGGUGUUGGUGGCACAAGAGUCUGUGGGACGCUCCCUGUGUAGUUGUGUCCGCGUUCUUUCCUUCUCUCGCUUUCAAGGGGUGGCUGUAAACUCUGUUUUGACGCCUCGCACUGCCUUUACCAAUCACACCGGCUGCUGUUUGUCUCUGUCAUCGGCGCUGCACGUCUCCCUUCUCUGUUGUCUUCCUUCCUUUUCCGUUUCUGGUAUUAUUACUUUUGAUCUUUCUGUUAUUGCUGCUGCUGUUUUCUUUUGUGGCCUUCAACGAUAUUCAUAAUAACUUCUCUUCUUGAGAGAGGAGGAUUGUGUCUUGUGAAGCGCCACAUUCAUACAUAUUUAUUUAUUGAUCUCCGGCAGGAUUCUUUCUCUCCUUUUCUGGCCGUUGUUGUUGCUCUUGCGCGUUUGCUGCUGCUGUUCGAGGAAGCAAGCAAGACCGGUACGUGCAGCUGACACCCGCGUCUUGACGCGCCGGUAGUGAAAGGAAAGAGGAGAGAGAAAACAGAUAGCAUCAAACCUAUUCGUUAUUACUCCGCUUGCUUCUUCCUUUUCCCGCUGUUUGUCAGCUUGUUUGUUCUGUUUGUUUUUUGGUUUUCUACCUUUCUCGCCAGGCAUGACUGCGACCGCACCGCCAACAAACUUUGGCUCCACCCCCGCUGACACCCGCUUCGACGCCUUUGGCAUGCCGAUCUCCUCUGGGUCGGCCAUCCCUGCGCCUGUGUUGUUGUCCUCCAACCCGCGUCCCGCACGGCAGCUGCGCAGUCACGACCAUCAUCAGCAUCAGCAGAACAGCUACGGCACAUCCUCCUCUUCGAGUGCUCCCUCGUUGUCCACCCCAGUCUCCUCUCGCUCUUCGGCUGCUGCGCCGUUUCCAGCUGGCGCAGGUGCCAACGGCGGUCUUGUCACCAAGCACCACAACCACAACAGCGGCCACUCCCCGCUGCUGCAGUCCCCACCGUCCCCGUCGAUUAAGUCGUACGGCACCGCGUCAAGCGUCAGCGACGACGCCGGCACGCAGAGCGUCAUCGUCGGUGAGCGAUCGUCGUUCACCAGCACCGUCGCAUCGGAUACGGCCGCCGCUGAGGGGGUGGCGAGCGGUUCCUCGCGUCGAUUUGGUGAGGUUCUUCCAGACGGUGAGAAUCGUAUGCAGGGUGAGACAGCCGGUGCGGAGGCCGCCGUGACACGGCCGAGCGAUCUCCACUCCGCCGGAGGACGAAGUGAUCGUCGUUCUUUCCAAGUCGCUCGGCGAAGCAGCAGCACCGAACGCGACGCGGCAGAAGCCGGCUUCGUGCUUCAUCGAAGUCCCCUGCAACGCACGCAGAAGACGACGGAAGAGGCGCCACGUUACGCGGCAGGCCAGGAGUCCUCCUACGAUCCACACUGUACUGAGACAAUCAACGGGCGCACGGAUGUGAUGAAGGGCAGCGGUGUCGCCGUCGAAGGCGGCGGCGGUGGGGAGGGAGAGGGGAGGGGCACCUCCUCGCCGGCCAAGUCGGGGCAGGUACACCUCAGCAACCAAGGAAGCGCUCGCCGCGGUCCUUUGGGGUACGCGAGUGUGAACACGAACGACGACCACGAUGGAGGCGUCGUCGCCCGUGCAAGGAACGACGACAGCAACGAUGGCGGGCAGCCGUGCCGCGACGCGGGUCCCUUCUCCCAUUCCUCCGCGAACCCGCCACCGACGCUCAUCGAGUUCGUCCUGCGUCGCGUUCGUACCACCUCGCUCCUGCAGUUCUGCUGGGUCGUCCUGCUCGUCGUGAUGUUGAUGGUCGGCAACGCCUGUCAGGUUAUUUUCCUCAACUUCUGGAUUCAUCAGUUUCCAACGAAGUCGUCGUCCUCCUCGUCCUCCUCCUCUCACAGCGGCAGCGGCGGCCCCGAUCGGGCGGAAGCGCUGGAGAGCAGCUACACGACCUUCAUCAUCUCCGCCGUCAUUUUCGCUCUCUUCUUCGUGGUACUCCUCCUCGUGUACUGGCUGUGGCGACGCCCCUCUUUGCUGUUUGCACGGGAAAGGGCCGGUUGGUGGCUGCUGCUGGGCAUUGGUGCGAUGGACACGCUGAACAGCGCCAUGGCGAUCUACGCCGCCGCGCACACACCCGAGGUGCUUCAGGCUCUCUUCGUCUCGCUCGUGCCGAUUUACUCGGCCUUCUUCACCAAGUGGCUCCUGAAGGACCCGCGCAACUACGCGAACGUGUACGUGGUGGUCAGCUUCGCGCUGAUCAUGGCCGGCGUGGCGCUCGCCUCCCUCUUCAGCUACGCCGCCACGCACAGGGGUCACCACCACGCGGACGACGACGGCAGCAGCAGCAUCAGCGGUCGUCACGGCUUCGCUGCCCGGCACACGCCCACCUUUCUCUUUAAUUUCUUCGCCGCCUCCGACCCCCCGCCCUCCGCCGCCACCCGCGAUAAGCAAAUUUGGUGCCUCAUCUUCUUCUUCUCCGUCCCACCCACGGUGCUGCUGAACGUGUUGCAGACCAUGUACAUGAUCCGCUACACGUACACGGACGAGAUGACGGCGUAUUUGCUGGAGCACGAGGGGGACGCGGAGGACUCGACGCUGCGCACGUCCAUCGCGAGCAGCGGACGUGCGAGAACCGGGGUGCGGGAGAGAGAGGUUGAUGACGUGGAAGGCCAGGCGGGGGAGGCCAAGGCCGCGGCGGACCUUCACGAGACGUCGGCUUCGCGCACGCGGGCGCGGGGGUCGCAGCCGCGACGGGAGAGUCCCCCGGCGAGCGCCACAGCUGCAUCACCGGCCUCUGCGGAAGCUGCGCCGGCCGGACCCUUACCGACGUCCGACCUCGCCUCCCCUCGCUCCUCUGAAGCGGCCAACUCGGACGAGGAGGCGGAGGGGACUUUUCUGCAGCGUCAGCAUCGCCUGCACAUCCCCUCCAGCGAGCUGCGCCUACACGGGGAGGACGCAACGGUGAAGAUCGUCAUGCUGGCCGCCGACACGACCCUCCAGGCGCUCAUGGGCUUCCUCCUGAUGCCGAUGGACGCGCUGCCGUGGUUCGGUGGCAGCGACUCGCUCAGGGAGGUGUGGCAAAACCUGGACGACGGCGUGGACUGCGUCCUGCACUGCCCGCGUAACCUGCGCUACUGCCUGCUGUACAGCAUGGGCUUUGUGCUGGUGUACAUCGCCUCCGCCUACCUCAACCGCUACAGCGUCACGCUGUGCUCCAUGGUGAGUCAGCUCUCGGGCCCCAUCACGGCCCUCGUUUUGAUCGCCUUUCCGGCGUUGAAUAUGACGGGUGAUGCCGCGCCCUGGUACGUCAGCGUCUUCGCCGUCGUACUCCUCUCCUGCGGCACAAUUAUUUACGUCUACUGGGACGAGAUGACAGGCGAGGAGAAGGCCAGCGGCGAGAUGCAGCUGAAGUGGGCGAUGAUGGAGGAGCAGGCACGGCGGCACGGGCCGUCGGGUGAGGAAAAUGACACGGACUCGCAGCAGCAGCAGCAUCACUAUCGUCGUUCUCGGACGCGGCGCUACCGCCCACGUCGCCAGUCCAGCUAUGUGGUGGUCGUUGACCACGACCCAGACGCGCCGCGACCACCGCGUCCCUCUGGUGAUGUCGCCGAGAAUCACCAUUGA